UACUCCCGAGAGCUAUUUUGAGGGGAGCUGCAAUUUUCACUCGCCGAACGCAUUCCUGCGUUCCCUCGGAGAUGAAGCACAAGAGUCGAGUCAUCAAAUGUCAAAUGGUGAGCUGAACACUGGAUCAUCCUUCCCAAUCACGGAACCAGAAAAUGCCGCCAUUGAAAUGAUAAAUGGACUGUGGCAUCAAGAGACUUUCGUGUACCCGAGGGAAGCUGACGAACAGCUUUCAGGACAAAACAGUGAAGUUUCUCCUCCAUUUUCAGAGAUGCACCCCUUUGAAAAAAACAGAUCAUAUCAGAGGUCAACUCAUCAACAAGCAGAGAGAGGACAGGAAAAUGGAUUGCCCAACCCUAUGGCUUCCGGUGUAACCCCUGAUGAAACAUUCUUCUUCUCUCAAGAAGUGAAUUUGCCUCCUUACUUGACAGAAGUUAGGGAAGAACGACACCUCCUUGACCCAUGCGAGGGAGAUGAGGCCUUGGUGGUAUCCUAUCCCAUCCAGGAGGAGAAUCCGCUUUCAGAUCAACUGACGGAAACACCGCAGCAGCCAACGUACCAUCAAGAAGAUUGUGCACUUCACAAUGGGUUGAGUUCACCUACUCAGGAAACAGCAGUGCAUGAUGCAUCACCACCACCACCACCAGAUACGGGCUAUCCAGCACAAGAGAGAGAACAGGAUGUUCGAGGUAGUUAUCUAAUGCAAGGGUCGUCAGAACUACGGCUACGUAGUGGACAUGAUGAUCGACCUCGAUGUGUGCAGCAAACCAACCAUUACCAAGUAAAUGGUGUGAGCUCCCUCGGUGAGAAUGAACAAGCAAUUGAGCACAACUGUGAUAUGCAAGAGUUGCGAUUGUGGGAAAAUGAAAUUGCCAGGGCUAAGCCACAAAAAGCCACGAAGAAGAUGAAUGCAAGAGAGGCAUUUUACAUCACAGAGAUAACAGAGGUUAGGCAGCAUCGCCAUGUUGAUUCCAAUGGAGGAACAACUGCUGUCUUCACCUGUCCCAUCAUAACCGAUCGCUAUGGAUACAAGCUUGGAUUGAGGAUGUACCUUAAUGGCGUGGGUAAUGGAAGAGGUAGGCAUGUCGCCAUCUUUAUGCACAUGAUGAUGGGAAAGUAUGACAACUUUGAAGUGGGGUGGCCUUUCACUCAGAAGAUCACGCUGUCCAUUAUAGAUCAGAGCGGUGCCCAACGCCAUUUAAGCCGAAUCCUUCAAGCCAAGCCUAACAUGGUAGCCUUUGAGAAGCCUACGCAAGCCAUCAGUCGUAUGGGAUGCGGUUUUGUAAAUUUUGGUCCCAUAGAAGAAGUAUUUAGUCAUCCUUAUGUCAAAGAUGACAAGCUUUUUCUUAAAAUUGAGUUUUCUGCCUGACUGCAAAGAUUUUCAUGAAUAACGAAAAAUUACAACUUU